GUGAUCUAAGAUAUGGUUUGUCUUCACUCUUUUCUUCUUUUUUGGCUUCUAAGUUCAUUAUCUAUACGGUAUAUCAGAGUUUGGUUUCUUAGCAUAAACAAUUGGAAUUCUAUGUUACAUGAAUUCGAGGAUGAGGGUCGGGUACAGAUAUGUAUCUAGUAUGAGUGUGUUUAAUAUUUUUCAAGAUUUUCUUCCUCUUUUCAUAUGUAUAUUAGAGCUGUUGAGUAAAAAAGUUUGUUUCUCUUUUGAUGUUGUUUAGGUUAGAUGUCUAGAGAUAGGAAAACUGGAUGGUAUCAGAGUCGGGCUUGUCGGAUAUCUCGCCAACGGGAGAACAGUUCGUUCUCUUGCUACGUGCUCUCAAAGUACCAAGAUGUUAUAAUUUACUUCUUCUCCCCCGACAUUGUUAAAACAAAGGAUGACAUUAAAGAUUAUUUGACAUCAAGGGGUGUCGAGUGGGAAGAAAGUACUGAUUUAAUGGAAGUGGCCUCUAAGUGCGACAUGGUGUAUCAAACACGUAUCCAGCGAGAACGGUUUGGAGAAAGAAUCGAUCUUUAUGAAGAAGCUCGUGGCAAGUAUAUAGUUGACAAGGAUGUGUUGAAGGUGAUGCAGAAGCAAGGUGUGGUUAUGCAUUCUCUUCCAAGGCUUGAUGAGAUCACCGUUGAGGUUGAUGCCGAUCCGAGGGCUGCCUAUUUUAGACAAGCAAAUAAUGGUCUUUAUAUUAGGAUGGCUCUUUUAAAAUUGUUGCUUGUUGGAUGGUAGG